UGCGAGUGACGUUUGGUGGGGUCUCGCUCGGGGAAGCAAGACGCGAGUCGGCAUUCUUUCCGUGCACCAUCUUGCAUAUCAAACAGCAACCACGUCUACCUUUGAUCGCGCCUUACUCUCAUACUCAGCCAAGACUGAAUCCCUUAGGCGACUGAAUUUGUUCAUAUACCAAUUUACUUCCACGAUGGCACCAAUCAAGACAAUCGAGUACUUUCGCGUCAAGCCCCGCUGGCUGUUCGUCAAGAUAGCCGAUGCAGAGGGUCAUGUUGGAUGGGGAGAAGCAACUUUGGAAGGACACACUCAAGCUGUAGAAGGCACUCUUCUUGGAUACAUCGACCGCUUCCUCAGCCUCGAGGCUGAUGACAUCGAAGAGAUUUGGCAACAGGCGUGGAGAAAGAGCUUUUACCGCGGUGGUCCCGUCUUCAUGAGUGCUCUCGCCGGCAUCGAUAUUGCACUAUGGGACCUCAAAGCUCGAAAGCUUGGUGUGCCAAUCCAUCAAUUACUCGGAGGUAAAGUGAGACAGAAGGUCCAAGUCUAUGCUUGGAUCGGAGGCGAUCGUCCGUCUUCGGUGGCAGAAGCUGGUAAAGAACGACUCGCUCAAGGCUUCCGAGCAGUCAAGAUGAAUGCAACGGAGGAUGUCGGGUGGCUGGACUCGCCAUCCAGACUAGACUCGGCUGUUGAGAGAGUCAAGACUGUGAAGAGUUUGGGACUUGAUGUCGCUGUCGACUUCCAUGGCAGAAUUCACAAGGCUAUGGCCAAGCAGUUGGCGCGUAAGUUGGAGGGCUGCGACGUUCUUUUCUUGGAGGAACCGCUACUCAGCGAGCACCCAGAGGGCAUAAAACAGCUGUCGAAUCUCACGAGCUCACCCAUCGCUCUCGGUGAGAGACUAUACAGUCGAUGGGAUUUCAAGAGAUUCUUCGAAGAUGCUUCGGUUGAUAUCAUUCAGCCCGAUAUCUCGCAUUGUGGAGGUAUCUCUGAGAUCAGAAGAAUUGCAGCCAUGGCCGAAACAUAUGAUGUUGCUAUCGCGCCCCACUGCCCUCUAGGACCCAUCGCCCUUGCAGCAUGCUUACAGAUCGGUCUUUGCACACCCAAUCAUAUGAUCCAAGAAAUGUCCGUGGGCAUUCAUUACAAUGUUCAGGCUGGUGAACACGACAUCCACAGCUAUGUACUCAAUCCAGAAGUAUUCAAAGUCAAGGAUGGAUAUCUGGAUGCCUUGACAGGACCUGGUUUGGGCAUUGAGGUUGAUGAAGAGGCCGUCAGGAGAGUAGCCGAGAACACAGAGCCGUGGCCAUUACAAGGAUUUGUCGGUGUCGACGGCGCCCUCAGAGAGUGGUGAUGAGAAAUCCGAAUCUGGUCGGAUGAGGAAGCGGCGACGCGAGAAAUUUCUUGGUCUCACCUUCCGUUUCUGCUCAUUGGUAAGUUCAUCGUUAUGAGAAUGCAGGGGCGGCCGGUUUUCUAUUACCAAGAUCUAUUAUGCUUUAAUACAGAUAUGUUGUAAGCUACGAUUCUAAGAGAUGCU